CUUAUUCUCUCCAAGCACUUGCAUCUCUCCCACAUCACCAUCGGCAGUCCACCGUCUCCUGCCACUCACCAUGCGAUCAGCACUCCGGCUCCUCGCCUCUGUGCAAAAAGGCGGCUCCCACUAUCUCGAGGCUGGCGCGCCAACAGGUCUCGCAGGCCUGCUCACGCACUCGUCUCCACGAACGACUCUUCUCUACCUUUACAAUGACACUCUGGAGAAGCUUAAACAGUUUCCCGAGCACAGCGUCUACCGCCAAUCCACAGAAGCGCUGACCAAACACCGCAUGCGAAUUGUCGAAUCAGUCAAGCCACAAGGACUUUUAGAAUGGCAGCAGCGCGUCCUACCGGUCGUUGAGGCCAACAAGGACGCUUUCCGCACCAUUCCAGUCACAACUUCUGAUGGCGAGAAAGCGAUCAACAUCAUCUGGAAAGCAGGCGCAUAUCUGGGGCAAUCAGACCCAGAGGACAAUCUCGAAUAUAAGGGACCAGCGCCGCUCGAAGGACCACGACACAUCUCGGAACGUGAGGACCAGGCACGGCAACUCAGUUACGACCAGGCAGCACAUCACGCCAGCAUACCGGAGAUCGAACCUGAGCCACCUUUGACUGCGAGCCAGAUUGGUGAGAUUGAGGAGCAAGUUGGUGCGGGGCUGAUUGAGGAGGUCAUUCAGGUUGCGGAAGGAGAGGUGGAACUUGUAAAAGUUAUGCUGGAGAACAAGGUGUGGGAGGAUUUGGAGGAGAAGCCAGCGCCUGGGCAAUGGGUCGGUCAUGAGAGGGCUGACAAGUACACUGGCAUGACGCAGAAGCCUUAGAUGUCGCGAAGAGAAGAAAAUGAUACCGGUUCACGCAUAAAGAGGAUGCGGACAGCUAGUGACUGGCAAUGGCACGAGUACGUGCAAAGCCUGGGAAUGAACAUGUGUACAACAUACCAGUAACAAUUCUCUCUGUUCUCCGUUGCAAGUUCAAGCGCAGUGGUGCUGGCAGCAAGCAUAUUGAUGUCUUGAAAGUGAAGGCACAUGUAGUAUUCUACCCUGGCUUGUCUAAUCCCCAAAGCCGCUUGGAGAGGUCUCGGCCACUUGCGACUCUUUGGCUUACCUCCUAGUACCUAGCUGGUAGGUACCUGUAAUAGUCAUAAGCCAGACAAGCCCUAUAGCA